UGCUCCUCCUAGCAGAUUCAUCGUAUUCUCUCUUCUCUCCCCCCAGUCAACUCUGGACCUCUACCAUAAUCACCGAUGAUGAACUCCGACACGGCACCCCUCCCGGCCUCCUACUGGUGCUACAGCUGCACCCGCUUUGUCCGCCUCUCCGAUCGGGGUGAUGUCGCCUGCCCUCACUGCCAAAGCGGCUUCGUUGAAGAGAUCCACGACCACCCUUCCUCCGAUCAUCACCACCUGAGCCCCUUUCCUCCUCCCAUCUUCCCCGAUUCAGCUCCUACUUCCUACGAUUUCAGCCGACAAGGGUUCCGUCAAAGACGCCGCAACGCCGGCAACAGAUCGCCCUUUAACCCUGUAAUUGUUCUUCGUGGACCCGUCGACGCAACCGCCGGACAGAACGGUGUCGGUGGUGACCAGGAGGAAAGCAGCUUCGAGUUGUACUACGAUGACGGGGACGGCUCUGGUCUCCGACCCUUGCCGCCGACCAUGUCUGAGUUCUUGUUAGGGUCAGGGUUCGAACGGCUUCUGGAGCAGUUUGCUCAGAUCGAAAUGAAUGGGUUCGGGCGUUCCGAGAACCCGCCCGCUUCCAAAGCAGCCGUAGAGUCGAUGCCCACGGUCGUUAUUGAGGGGACCCAUGUGGGUUCCGAUGCCCACUGUGCCGUGUGCAAGGAGGCGUUUGAACUGGGUACGGAGGCGCGUGAGAUGCCCUGCAAGCACAUAUACCACUCAGACUGCAUCCUCCCGUGGCUUUCAAUGCGCAAUUCGUGCCCCGUGUGCCGCCAUGAGCUGCCGUCAGAUCGGAACACAGUGGACAGUAGAAUGUCGGGGCAAAUCGAUGACGAAACAGUAGGAUUGACGAUUUGGAGGCUGCCUGGCGGGGGCUUCGCGGUUGGGAGGUUCUCUGGUGGUCGCAGAGCCGGUGAGAGUCAUUUCCCUGUUGUAUACACAGAAAUGGACGGAGGACUCAAUGCAAACGGAGCUCCGAGAACAGUUUCCCGAGCAGCGAGAAGCACCAGAGUCAGAGAAAGUCGUGGCUUUGGCAGAAUCGUUCGCAACUUCUUGUCAUUCUUUGGGAGGCGCCGGUCAAGGUCAAGUUCAAGUUCAAGUUCAUCAGCUGGUUCUGAGCGCGAGUCCAUGAGCAUAAGUCGUAGCCAUUCGAUCUCAUUAUUCGGUAGGAACUCGAGGAGGCGCAGCAGAACUUGGGUCUUGGAAGAUUGAAUUUGGAAAUAGCAAUUUUGGGAAGAAAAUUAUUGAUUUGGGACACCAUUUUCAGGGAAGAGAUUCAUUCUGUACAUAGCAUAGAACUAUCAAGUAUAAAUUUUUAAUUCUGCAUCAA